AAACUAGUCAACAGCUUAACACAAGUUUAUUAAUAAGGAUCAGAAACCCGUUACCCUUUUUUACCUGUUUUUCUUUGCAGGGGCUCAGGGAAGCUGGUGUGUUUUUCUGGUGAUUGUGUGAGAGGCGGGUGCACAGGCUGAGCGGACAGGAAGUGACUCAGAGCGCCCAUGGCGAGUAACAACACAGCCAGCAUCGCUCAGGCCAGGAAGCUGGUGGAGCAGCUGAAGAUGGAGGCCAACAUUGACAGGAUAAAGGUGUCUAAAGCAGCAGCAGACUUGAUGUCUUACUGCGAAGCUCAUGCCAAAGAGGACCCUCUGCUGUCACCGGUGCCGGCCUCAGAGAACCCGUUCAGGGAGAAGAAGUUUUUCUGUUCCAUCCUGUAAACUCAGCAGUCUGCCACAUGUGGGACGCUGAACGUGGACGUUCAAAAUAUGUAGGAAACUUCCAGUAGGAGGGCAUGGCAAUUUCUUUUGCCCAGAUAUUGUUUGGCACUUGAAGUGUGAUGUGUAACUAAUAAAUGGGUUGGAGUUUGUUGAAAGGUUGUUUAUAAGAGGGAUGAUUUUCACCCAGAGAUGUAACAGGWGAUGGGACAACCAGUCAACCACAAGACGUCAGGUUGUGAUGUGUACAAACUCAAAAUACAAAGAAUAAAACUCUUUGUUGUUCCUUUGAUAAUCAGAUGUUGUGUAAAAUGGUUGGAGGUGAAUUAAGCACCAGUCAAACACCUGAUUGUGGGAUUUAGUUGGUUUAUUUCCCCACUUUUGGCUAUUUUGUCUGUUUUUUUUAACAAACAUGUUAAUGAAAACUUUUUAAUGGGGACAUUAUUGCCUUUACACAUUUCUGAAUAUCUGUUUGGGUGUAUCAUCUCCUUCCUCUUUCUGUUGUUUGUACAAAGCAAGUAAACUGUGCUGUACUGUGAGUUCUACGUGUUUGUGUUUGGAUCAUUAAUUACUGCAUGAAUUACUUUCCUUUGUUCUGCAGAAUAUUAAAACAUUGGGCCUCAUGC